AUGACUGGUCUAAUGAAUUCUAAGCGGGUUCUCCUAAUUGGCAACCAUCCGAAUAUAGCAUUUUACACUGCCAAAUUCCAAGCUCAGCAGAACUACGAAAUAUUCCACAUUAGUGAUACAAAAUCAAGCAGUUUUACAGUGGAAACAACUACAUACGGUAAGGAGGAAUUUCAUUUGGAAAACCAUUUCACUUGUAUUGCUCAUUUAUCUGAGGCAUUAAAAGAAUUAUCCGAUGAACCACUAUUUUUCGAUCUCGUUAUCUUAAGUACUUCAUCAUUACAACAACUAUCUACUGCAUCUGCUGAAUUGGAACCCUUAUUGAAUGAAACUUCAAGAGUGAUCAUUGAAAAUAGUGGAUUCAUUCAAUUAGAUACAUAUUUCAAAGACUUCCCCAAUUCGAAAAUAUUCAACAUAUUAUGUACUUAUAACCUUUGUCAAGUAGGACCCAAUCACUAUGAACAAUUCGGUAACGUGGAUAGCUUCAAUGAGAAUACAAUUUUCUUGGGUAAGAGUACUACCAACGGUGAAUCAUUAGUGACCGCUAAAACCUAUACUGACGAAAUCACUCAAAGUUUAGAAAAUCUAAAAACCAUCUUUGAACACCUUUUCACAAAGGACACCAUUGAAUGUUGUCAAUAUUCUCCUGCAAAAUAUAUCUCUCAAGAAUGGUCAAUGUCAAUUCCCAAGAUUUGCUUGGAUCCAUUACUAAUUCUAUUCGAAGAAACUUCUCCCAAUAAUUUAUUAAACACAAUCUUAGCCAAACCACUAAUUUCAGGAUUAAUAACUGAGGUGAUGACUAUUUCAAAAGUAUUGGGUAUUAAGCCUAGUCAUCAUCUACGUGAUGAGGACGGUAUAUUAAAGAACUGGAAAGAGUUAUAUUCCAAUAAUGAUGAUUUACCUUCUGGAUUGUAUCAUUUCAUGCAUGAUUACAAUAACUUGUUCAAUUUUGAUAUGUAUUUAUUACAACCAAUCCUUUUAGCAGAUGCGUAUGACAUCAAGACACCAUAUUUGGAGUUCUUAUUUGCCACAUUAUCUCAAUUGGAAAGAUUGAAUAAUGGUGAGUCAAAUUGGUUUGUUAGAGCUGAUAAGUUUAAAAAAUUGCUAAAGGAAAAUGAAAAGUUAUCAAGUGAGUAUAAUCGUUUAAAUGAAUUGAGUAAUAAAAGUGAAGAUUCAUUUAAAUUUGAAAGAAGUAAACUUCAAAAGGAAAUCAAUGACAUUAACGCCAAGAAGGACCAAGAGUUAAGACAACUAACGAAUAAGAUCUCUCAAUUACAGAACAAUUUAGAAACUCAAAUUCAAAUGAAUUCAAAUUUGAGAAAUCAAAUAAGAGACAAUGAUGAUAAUUCAAGAGAUAUUGAAGGUAUUGCUGAUACUUCAUUGUUAAGUACAUCAAGCAUGGAACAACCGUUAAACCUCCCAAACACCACCAUAAAUGGGAAUUCCUCAACUGAUAAUGUUAAAGACAGGUAUUUGGAUGAUCGUGAACAAGAAUUACAAAGAAAGGAAUUGCAAUUAAAGCAAAAAGAAGCUGAAUUACAAAGAACUCUUCAACAACAAGUUAAGCAAUACCAAUCACCUAAGAUUCCACAAGAUAAUACAUUCAACACUCCACCAUUAUCACCAAUUGCAACCAGUGAAUUCAGGAAACCUUCAUACUCCAGGUUACAACAAAAUAAAGGUGCCCGUAAUUCGCAUUCCAAUUCAGCAUUGGCUCUGUCGACAAACAACUUUGUAGAUCCCAUCACAUCUGGAAUGUCUCCAUUGGGUAAUCAAAACCUGGAUUCGUUUGGAGAACCAUUGCAUAGUAGUUCACCCCACCCAUAUCAUCAUUCGCCUCAUUCUAUUAAACCUACAAGUAGAAAGAAUAGGAACAGCCAUUUGACAAGAAUUGGAAAUGCUUCCAGUUUGAAGACUGAUACUUUCACGUCACCAACAUCUCCAAUUAAUACUUCUAAUUGUUUCCCCUCCAAUCCUCAACAAAGGUUUUCUCAAAAUAAUACUAUUGGACCUGCUAUGGCAUUGGAUAUGCCAAAGCCAUCAAGACCAACUGUAUUGCCAGUGCCUGAUCGUAGAGUUGCUAGUGCUGGUAGUACGUCAUUUGACACCGAUCCAAAUCAAUCAAACGUUACGAAUAAUAGCAGUACUAAUAAUACUGCUCCAAACACACCAAAUCUUUCUGACAAUAUGUACAAGUUUGGGGAAAGUCCAGCUUCUCCAGCAUUAAGUGCGUCAGCCCAGAUGGAAACUACUAAUGAGAAUGAUGCAGAUGCCCAACCUAAAAAACCACAAGAGGGAAAAAAGAAAAAGAGAUUCGGCCUAUUCAAAAAGAAGGAUAAGAAAUAG